UAUAAAUAUGGCGAGCUCCGACAGCUACAGUCUGCAAGCGACAAUGCUCCGAAAAUUUUUACAAGAAAUAACGGCCAUAGUUGCUACGAAUUGUGACAAAAAAGUUUCUGUUUGUAGAAAAAAGGGAUCUGCAUUGGUUCGUCAGAGUACAAGACCAAUAUACGGAGAUAUCUGCAUUCCUGGAGGAGUCGUAAAAAUCCACCUUCCAACUACACAGCAUGUAGAUGAGGUGAUUAAGGCAAUCAUAGCUGCUGGUGAGAGCUUAGACUUUCCAGUCCUUGCUUGUUCACCAGCGGAAAAUAAUUUCAUCAGUAUCAAACUCCAGAGGGCACCUGUCUUCAGCUGCAUCAUUAGACGCAUUAUGAUAGAAAGGAAUGAAUAUGGUCAUCAUCAUACUGGAAGAGAUCGUACUGUGCUUCUUAGCAUUCCAGAGCCACCAAUGAGGGAGGAGGAGAGUGAUGGGUUUGGCCUGUCGUCACUGAGACAACAUCUUUUAGCUCAACAUGUGUCUGCUCUUCUUAAAGCUCAUGGCUAUAAUGUUCUUCGAGGUAACGAUGUGAAUGGAGAGAUGUCGUCUUCUAUAAUUGGUAAAAUUGUUGGGGAUCCCCUUUCAGAAGAUUCUCUUGACUCCUGCUCAAAGACCAAGGAAAGCUCUCUCCCACCAGGGCUACUCGAAGAACUCUCAAACUCCAAGUAUGUAUCAUCUGUAGCCUGUCAGACUGAAAAGGAAAUAGAUCAAUGGUCACAUGAUCAUCAUAGGUCACCUGAUCAGAGCCAUUUACAUUCAUCAGAGGAAGUGUUACCUAAACAAUGUACUCUUGAUCUGGCUACUCUCUUGGAAGAUCAGAGAUUAAGAAUAGGAAAAGGAGGAUACAGCAAAAACAUGACUCAAGUACCUUUAACAGACAAGAAAGGAGAUGCAAGUCCAGUCCUCAAGCAAUGUAUGAGAUUAAAGAUUGCAGCAAAAAAUAUGUGCCUGGGUGAUGGUCUUUGCAUCCUUCACAUCGCCCCAUCUGGCCAAGAGUUUCAGCAACAACAGGUGGACUUGACCAUGAGGGCAUUGUCUCAAGAUAGCUGCUACACUGACCAAUCUCAUCUAUGCAGUGCACCUGUUCAGGUGAUUGGAGAUGGCCAAACCUCUGCUACCAACAGGCAGGGGAAGGAGAUGGGCGUGGAAGAGUUCUUUGACAUCAGAUAUUCACAGAUGAAGGAGGCAUCGGUGAUGAAGUAUGGUGAUCAAGUACAAGGUGAUUCUUGGAAUGACAUGAUCCACAGUUUGACUGCUGCUGGAAUAAAGUUUGAUAUCUUAGGAACACACCACAGGCAUCCUGUGAAGCUAGAUGUUGGUGAGAGAAAUGAAAGCAGCCCAUGGCCUGAUAACAGGAAUGGUGUCUUUGUAGUGUACAACUAUGCUAGACUCUCAACUCUCUUUGCAAGGUUCCAAGAAGAGGUCCAUAAAGGUACAUAUCCAGCAUUACCACCUGUAGGAAGCAUUGACUUCUCAACUCUGAAAGAAGAGGCAGAGUGGAAGCUGCUCUUUUCUCAUAUACUUACACUGCCUGACGUUAUAUUAGACUCUAUAGGAGAAAGUAUUACCACUCAAGAGUUGUCCUGCAAGUUUGAAAUGCACAAGAUUUGCCGCUAUCUUGUGUCACUCAGUCAGGAUUUGAGUACAUAUUACAGCAGAUAUAGAAUCUUAGUGGAACCCAGGCCUCAUCUCUUACCCACCAUGUUUGCCAGGAUCUACUUGUUGAAAGCAGUCCAUCAGGUUUUAGGCAACGGUCUAGCCCUCCUGAAGAUUACCCCUCUCACCACCAUGUGAUCUGUCCAGAACCCAGAGAUACUAUACUAAAGACUGGUUAGAUAUUGCUUGUCAACCUAACAUAGAAACAUCUUGUUGGUCAUAGGUGUACCCUAGGGCAACUUAUCCAAUGUCAAAUCAUCUCUUCCUCCAGUGUAGUUUUUUACCCCCAAACUCACUGUCUAAACUCAAAUUGGUAUGAAGUUAUUUUCACAAUGAGAUGUUUUGCACAAAUCAGUGAUGAUCUGAAGUGUUAUAAGGGCCCAUUCUGAUGGUCUGGUGCAAAAUGCUUUUCAUCAUGCAGAUUGGCAAAGUCAACCCUAAUUCAUUGAGACCACACUUCUAUGGCAUACUUUUAGCCAUAUUAUUCCUCAACUACAGAUAAUAAUUUCGCCAUGAGACUACAAGAAUAGGAAAAUAAAAUUAUAAAAUAAACUUCAAUCAUUUUGGUACAUUGUCUUUCACAUUAAUACAUGUCUUGGUUGUGGAAGAUGAAACUUAGCAUUCCAUCAGUUUUUUUGUACUUAUCAUUUGUUCCAUCAAGGAGGUUUAAAAUGAGAUGGAGUAUCAGCAAAUGAAAUCCCUUUGAACAAGGUUAAAAACCGCCAGCAGAAAGUAUGCCAGGCAUGCACUUUGCUCAACACCUCUUGCAAUUGUGUAGACAAAUGAUUCCCGCAUGACUCUCCAGCUAUAGGUCAUAUAUAAAGGGAAAUAUGCUAUUGUUAUGAUAAUUACAUUUUCGCCGCAUCUGCUCUGGUUAUAUGUGUAGUACAUAAUUCGGAGGCAUGCGAAAAUAAACUAUGCAAUAUGUCCUGAAAUAUGACUCACAUUUACUCGACUGGGCAUGUGCGGACACUCAUCUGGCAUAUACAAUAAUGAAUAGCAAUAUUCCACCGGGAUAUAUUGGAAAAUUUCAUUUGCCGCAAACGAUCGGAAAAGUGUUAAAAUCUGGUUUCAGUAAAGGUCUUACUUUUUCCACUAAUUAAAGGUAAAUUGAUAUAAUCUGGGCAAAUAUCUCAGCGUAAUAGUGCUUGGUUGUUGUUGUCUUGUAAUGCGUUCAAAUUUCAGUUUGUUUAUUAAUAUAAAAGAUGGAAAAUUUAUACAAAUUUAUAUUCGUAAAAUUUCACUCCUCGGAUUUCUCACUGAAAACUGGCGGCUUCGAAGGCGGACAUCAAAAAGGUCUUUACUGCCGUUCUUUCUUUUGUGCUUCUUUAGAAAUGAACAGCUGCUUGAAUAAAUUUGUUGCCUGUUGGAACUCAGUCAUAGAAUCUUCUUGGUUCCAUUUGGCACCCUUGAAAAUGGCGCCCUUACGCCAGGGCUUAUUAGACAAAUUGAACAAUAUACCUGUCCUUUCAUUCAACAAUGAUUUUAAAAAAUUUUGUAAUUCAUAUUUCAAAUCCCUUUUAAUCAGUGUUGAAAAGAUACCGAAAACAUGUUCAUGUGAUUCUUGUCACCAUUUAUUUUUGUAAACAAAAACAAAUAAACAUAUAAAACUGAGAGAAA